AUGGCUCCUCCCAGCGUUUUGAUGGUCGGUACCGGCGAGUACACCACCGGCUUCGUCGGCGGUGGCGCGUCGAGCUCUGAUAAGAAAGUCGGCGUCGUGGGACUGACGCUGUUCGACCUGCGCCGCCGGGGCAAGGUGAGCGAACUGAGCAUGGUGGGCGUGUCGGGCAAGAAAUUCCCAGGCAUUCGCGACCACCUGCACCGCAACAUCUCGCAGGUCUACAACAACCUCGAUGUCUCAUUCGCCUCGUUCCCCGCCGACACCCAAACCGAUCCCGAUGCAUACAAGACCGCCAUCGAUGCCCUGCCCAAGGGAUCCGCCAUCACGAUCUUCACGCCCGACCCAACCCACUUCCCCAUCGCACUGUACGCAAUCGAACGAGGCAUCCAUGUGAUGAUCACCAAGCCCGCCACGCAGCGUCUAGCAGACCACAUAGCCCUGCUCGAGGCUGCGCGCAAGCACGGUGUCUUCGUCUUCAUCGAGCAUCACAAGCGCUUCGACCCGGCGUACUCGGAUGCGCGGGCCAAGGCACGCACAUUGGGCGACUUCAACUACUUCUACAGCUACAUGAGCCAGCCCAAGAGCCAGCUCGAGACCUUCAAGGCCUGGGCGGGCCGGGACUCCGAUAUCUCGUACUACCUCAACUCGCACCAUGUCGAUAUCUGCGAGAGCAUGGUGCCGGAGUAUCACCCUGUGCGCGUCACUGCGACGGCAUCCAAGGGCACCGCUGCCGCGCUGGGAUGUGUCCCCGAGACCGAGGAUACAAUCACCCUGCUGGUUGAGUGGCGGCGUAAGGAUAACCCGGGCAAGGUUGCGACGGGUGUCUAUACGGCUAGCUGGACGGCGCCGCAGAAUGCCGGCGUGCAUUCAAAUCAGUAUUUCCAUUAUAUGGCCGCCAACGGCGAGAUCCGCGUCAACCAAGCCAAGCGCGGCUACGAAGUCACAGGCGAUGACCAGGGCCUGAUCUGGGUGAACCCAUUCUACAUGCGCUACGCACCUGACGAAGAAGGCAAUUUCGGCGGCCAGACGGGCUACGGCUACGUCAGCUUCGAGAAGUUCAUAGACGCCGUCACGGCCGUCAACGAGGGCCGAGUCACGCUCGACGAGCUAGACAAGCGGCCUUUGCCCACUCUACAAAACACGAUCGCCACUACGGCCAUCCUGGAUGCGGGCCGGGUGUCCCUGGAUGAGCGCCGGCCGGUGGAAAUUGUGUCGGAGGGUGGGAAGUGGGAGCUGAAGUAA